AUGCUUUAUCUGUUUGAAGAUAUACCAUACCGUACCUGCAUGAAGCACAACGCCUGCGAGUUGCGCGGGCGUUUCACGCUGAAACCUAAAUUCUUUUACUCGAAGUUUUUUUCUGCAUUCUCCUGGUUUCCAGAUGAUGCGGUUUUUUACACGGCAUUGAAACGUUGGCAGAAAAGCAACAUAAGGUGGGACCAUUUUACAUACCAUAUCCUCUUGUUCUCGAGAAAGUAUAUAUACGUAGCAGGAUCCGUAGACAUCCAUCUAAACCAAGGAAAAAGAGAGUCCGAGCCACACAAAAAAAGAAUGCCAAAGAGAAUAGUAUACAACAUAUCCAGCGACUUCCAGUUGAAGUCGCUGCUGGGCGAGGGCGCAUACGGUGUGGUGUGCUCCGCAACGCACAAGCCCACGGGGGAGAUCGUGGCAAUCAAGAAGAUCGAGCCAUUCGACAAACCGCUCUUCGCGCUGCGCACGCUGCGCGAGAUCAAGAUCCUGAAGCACUUCAAGCACGAGAACAUCAUAACCAUCUUCAACAUCCAACGCCCGGACUCGUUCGAAAACUUCAACGAGGUUUAUAUCAUCCAGGAGCUGAUGCAGACGGACCUGCACCGCGUGAUCUCCACGCAGGUGCUGAGCGAUGACCACAUACAGUACUUCAUAUACCAGACCCUGCGCGCAGUGAAAGUGCUACACGGCUCGAACGUGAUUCACCGUGACCUGAAGCCCUCCAACCUGCUGAUCAAUUCCAACUGCGAUCUGAAGGUGUGUGACUUCGGACUAGCCAGGAUCAUCGACGAGGCAGGCGCAGACGACCCGGAGGCCACGGGCCAGCAGAACGGCAUGACCGAGUACGUGGCCACGCGCUGGUACAGGGCCCCUGAAGUUAUGCUGACCUCUGCUCGUUACUCCCGGGCAAUGGACGUAUGGUCAUGCGGCUGUAUUCUGGCAGAGCUGUUUUUGAGACGCCCGAUCUUCCCUGGUAGAGACUACCGCCACCAACUGUUGCUGAUCUUCGGUGUGAUCGGCACACCGCAGUCGGACGAAGAAUUGCGAUGCAUCGAGUCGGCGCGUGCCAGAGAAUACAUAAAGUCGCUUCCCGCGUACCCGGCGGUGCCGCUGCAGAAACUGCUUCCAAGCGUCAACGCUCAGGGCGUUGACCUGUUGCAGCGCAUGCUCGUCUUCGACCCUGAGAAGCGGAUCACGGCCAAGGAGGCACUCGAGCACCCGUACUUGCAGACAUACCACGACCCAGGCGACGAACCCGAGGGGGAGUGUAUCCCGCCCAGCUUCUUCGAGUUCGACAACUACAAGGAGGCGUUGACCACCAAGGAUCUCAAGAAACUGAUCUGGAACGAGAUCUUCAGCUAG